GUCGCCCCAGGGUGCCCCUCGUGGGGGGCCACACGGGCUGCUUUGGCAGGGGGAGAUGCGCUCAGAGCUGGGGGCUGCUGAUUCUUGGGCGUAGUUGGCGGCGGCGGCGACGACGGCGGCGGCCACACACCAAGAGGCGCGGCGAACCGGCUGGGAAGCCGAGGUCAUCCGGGCGGCGGACCGGACCGGGCCGGACCGGGCCGGACCAGAGCCCGGAGCCCCGAGCCCCGAGCUGGCGAUAUAUGUCAGAUUUGAUGAUCUUGAAUGGGAGAAGCAACAGUGGAUUCAAGUUUAUGAAGAUUUUACUGCUUUCUUGUUGGAAUACCAACUAGUUUGGGCAAGAAGGAAGGACCCUAGCUAGACUCAGAGAUCAAAGAUUAAACAAAUUGAGUGGCCUACAUUGGUAUUCAAACUCUUGCUGGAAAAAGCUCUACUGCUGCUGUAGAACAAGCAGAUUUUGUGACUGAAGAUAGCGCCUUUCAGCCCUAUCAGGUCCAUAUUCUUUAAACUGAUACAGUGAGAAAGUAUACAGACAAGAUUCUGCCACCCAGUGGUUUGCUGGUAAAAUUACUCACCAUGAUCUCUUCACCCACACCAUGAUUGUUGUGAAUGACCAGGAGAAGAUAUUGGCAUCUCGUCACACCGUAGACGCUCCAUUCAAAGUAGCACCGCUGUUCACGGUCAUUAUACGCGUGCUCAAGCCGGUAGCCCAAGGCAAGUUAUGAACUCACAGGCUACGGGGCCCAGGCAGAUUCCUCACCAGCUGCUACGAAACGCUCGACUGACCAAGAGGAGGAGUUCAGAUAGCAGUGUACCAGAGGACGAGAAGAUGAGGGAAGAGAAAUAUGAUUUCCUAGGCCAUGGAGAAAAUCUUAGAAGCAAAAACAGAUACUUUCCUAAUAAAAGAAGAAAAAUUGAAGAGACUGAAAAGAAGCUAAAUCUAAAAAGACUUCGACCAGACCACCUUUCAGACUUUUCUGACAGUGACACAGAAAAUGCUAAUAAUAAAAGAAUGACAGGGCCAGGGCCGUAUCGGGAGCCGAAUGCUGAAAAUGAGGUGAUGAACCAAAACAUUUCAAAGAUCAAUGGAGAUGAAGGGAAAUCCCAGCAUGGUGAGGGAGCAGGGGGACAAAGUCAGUCUCUUUGGGUUCAAAUCCAAGAAGAAAAGAAACAUGAUGCAGAAAAUCUCAAGCGGCCGGAAAAGACUAUUUUUGGUGUCACAGAAGAGGUUAUGUUUUAUGAUCCAAAUGCCAAUGAUGUACAUAUUCAGGAGUGCAAAACAGAGAAAGCACAUACUAUGGAAUUAUUCCCGAAGGAGCAGUUUGUGUCCAGACCACCUACACCAAAAUGUGUUAUUGACAUUACAAAUGAAACCAGUUCAGAAAAGGUGGUUCAGGAAAACUCCACAAGGACCUUUGGUUUUCAGACAUUUCAGAAAAUAGAGCCUCAUAGUAGUGACUCGAAACUUUUGUUUGCCAGUUCAAAAUUUUUAGAAACAAGAAAACAGACUGAAACGAGCUGGGUCAAUAGCAUUGUAAACAAAAUGGAUUUAGCAUCAUCUGUUGUGAGGAACCCUUUAUCUGUUGGAAAAGAUAAAAAUCCAUUUGGAUCAUAUCGCGACAGCAAACUGCAUCAACGAAGUUCACCUGAGAUUCUGAAGUCUAAAUUUGGUGCUUUGGUAGAUGCACCCAAACCAAAAUCCAAUUCUUUAUUUGAUGUUAUUCAGUCCAAACUCACUCGUUCUCCUGAUUCUUUGAAAUCUAACACCAGCUUCUCAAACAGUAGUCUUGCCACUGGAGAGAGAAGGCUGACAAAUAAAACAGAACAUGAUUUACCGAGAUCUAGUUUUCAUCCAGUUCCAACUCGUGUCAGUGCAUUAGAACCCACCAAGCCCCCUCUAAUUGUUGACAAAAGUGAGCAUUUCACAGUUUACAGAGAUCCUGCAGUUCCUCCUCAAGAGACGGGGGGGAACAACAUUGCAGCAUUCUUAAGCCAGCACGGUUACCCUACCUCCCAUAGAACUUGUGUCAACCCAAACAGUCAUCAUCCUACUUUGAGUCCCGCUCCCGUCCACAUGACAAACCCAACGCUGUCUCAUCCUGUGAACAGCACCGCCCACACUCACCACCCUCAUUUGCACCAUCCGACAGUGUUACCUGGAGUGCCUCCAUCCUCCUUAAUGGGUUGCCACCCACGACUAGAAGCUGCUCAUGCCAGCAGCUUGAGCCACUUAGCGCUAGCUCACCAGCAGCAGCAGCAGCAGCAACAGCAGCAGCAGCAGCAGCAGCAGCAGAUGCUACAGCAGCCGUCACCUCAUAUCCUCGGACAAGCACAUCCACCUGCUUCCUAUAAUCAACUUGGACUCUACCCAGUUAUUUGGCAGUAUCCUAAUGGGACACCUAGCUUCUCAGGACUCAGCGCACCUUCUAACAAAUGGGUCCACCCGGAAAAUCCAGUCAAUACCGAAGCCUCUUUGCGGAGGAAUACUCCCAGUCCUUGGUUACAUCAGCCCACCCCUGUGACCUCUGCUGAUGGUCUUGGGUUACUGAGUCACAUUCCUGUCAGGCCUUCCAGUGCAGAUCCUCAUCGGCCCCUUAAAAUGACAACUCAUUCUAGUCCACCGUUAUCAAAAACGUUAGUAGAUCAUCACAAAGAAGAAUUGGAGAGGAAAGCUUUUAUGGAACCCCUCAGGACUAUUGUGUCUGCACCAGCCAAGGGUGACCUGGAUCGAGCACCGGCUGGGAAAGACAGUCACUUGCACAGACAUUUUGCGGACCCGAUGAUGAGCCAGUUACAGAGGCCGCCUCAGGAGAGCGGAGAGAGGCUGAACAAGUAUAAAGAGGAGCACCGAAGGGUCCUUCAGGAAAGUAUUGAUGUUGCUCCCUUCACAACAAAGAGGAAGACUGUGGAGGGAGAGAGAGAGAAUUAUCCCAGAAUCACAGCUCUGUCUGCUCCAAGCCCGAAAAGCCAAACCGCCAAACAAGACAAAGAUGGGGACCGCUCUGUGUCAGACCUUUACAAAAUGAAGCCCUCAGCGCCUCAGAGUUUACCACAAAGUAACUACUUCACCACCAUCUCAAACAGCGUAGUGAAUGAGCCACCACGAUCAUUCCCAUCCAAAGAAGGCUCUGGUCUGUUUGCUGACAAACAGAGUAACAGCCCCUCAACAAUAGCCAAUCCUCAAGCCCUGACUUCUUUUAUUUCAUCACUUUCAAAGCCCCCACCUCUGAUUAAACACCAACCGGAAGGGGAAGGCAUAGGAAGCAAGAUAGGAGAACAGCUUCCCCAGCAAAUGCCAUCUCACUCCAUAACUGCUUUUGGAAAUGACUGUCGGAGUCCUACGCAUUUGACAGUUUCUUCAUCGAAUCCAAUCCGGAGUAUGCCUGCAUUACAUAGAGCACCAGUUUUUCAUCCACCCAUCCAUCCCGGUCUGGACAGAAAGGAAAGCACCUAUAGCAGCCUUUCCCCUCCCACCUUAACUCCAGUUCUGCCAGUAAAUGCUGGGGGAAAAAUACAGGAAUUACAGAAACCUCCAACACUAGUACCUGAGCCAAAAGACGCUCAGGCGACUUUCAAAAAUGCUUCUGAACGCAGUUUGUCAGAAAUGUGGAAAUCUAAUAGUGCCCUCAGCAGCGAAAAAGUGACCUGGCCUGUGGAGAAGAGCGGUGGAAAGCCGCCGGCUGCCACGGCAUCUGUCAUCGUGCGUCCCCCUUCAAGUGCCAAGUAUGAGAGUGUGCCGGUGUUGCAGCUGGCUCCCAAGGAGCGAAGUACUGAGAGAUCUUCCGCUGGGGCAAGUCCGGCUGAUGGCUGGAAACCGUCAGAAGCCCGAGAGCCUGUGAGAGUUAUCAUUUCCAAUUCAAACUCAGUCAUUCCUCCUACCCAGUACGAAAAGAACUUUGAGGCUGUCCCCCAGGGCAGCGUGCCCAGCUCCAUCAUCGUGCCUACAGCCACCGGUUUGAUGUGUAGCACGAAAACGGACGUGACCCCAGCCGCUACCACCGCCAGCAGUGCCUCCAGCUGGGGUGGUUCAGAAGUAACGUAUUCGUCAUCAAGUACAGUUUCGACCUCUACAUCUUUACAGUGUGUUACUUCAAGAAGUGUUGGCCAGCAAACGAUGCCCAUAGAAGAAUUUGACAUCGGCACCACAACUCUCAUCGCUACAGCCAGUAGCAAGACAGGUGGGGUGGCCCAGCCCAGUUCUGGGGUCUCUAGCACAGCUGAUUUUAUGUACUUGAAAAAACAUAAGGCUGUAUUGGUUGCAACUCAGUUUAAAAGUGAUAAUGCCAACGAGGCUGAGCCUAAUGCCGGAAGAAGCCAGACAUGUCCAGCUCCUACUCCCCUCGAGAAUCCCGUCACCUGCAGUACGGCAAACAAGGCACACACUGUAAGCAGCGGGCAGAGCUCCCAGACCAGUCAGCCCAACUACCACACCAAGCUGAAAAAGGCCUGGCUCACCAGACACUCAGAGGAGGAUAAAAACACUAACAAGAUGGAAAAUUCAGGAAACACUGUAUCAGAGAUCAUUAAGCCAUGUUCAGUCAAUUUAAUGGCCUCUACAUCAAGUGAGAUACAUAACAGUGUGGAUACUAAGGUCCUAGGAGACAAACCUGCAAAAGACGAUAAAGCUAGCAAAAAGAAGCUGAAAAGACCUUACGAAUCUGGCUCUGAGAGCGAAGAAGACUCAGAUGGAAGUGAGAGCAAGGCUGAGCAGAGGGCCAAGCGCCAGCCCAAGCCAACGUACAAAAAGAAGCAGAACGAUUUGCAAAAGAGAAAGGGUGAACUCGAGGAAGAAGCAAAACCCAAUGGGCUUCUUAGCAGAAGCGUCCGAGAGAAGAAUAAGCUCAAACUGUCGAGCAGCAGCAACAGCGCCGGCAUCCCUCGUUCAGUAUUAAAAGACUGGCGUAAAGUUAAAAAGCUGAAGCAGACUGGCGAGUCCUUUUUGCAGGAUGACUCCUGCUGUGAGAUAGGGCCCAAUUUGCAGAAGUGCAGAGAGUGCAGACUUAUUCGAAGUAAAAAAGGGGAAGAACCAACUCACUCACCAGUGUUUUGUAGAUUUUACUACUUCCGGCGAUUGUCAUUCAGUAAAAAUGGAGUGGUUAGAAUAGAUGGUUUCUCAUCUCCUGACCAGUAUGAUGAUGAAGCUCUGAGUUUAUGGACACAUGAAAAUGAUGAUGAUGAUGAGCUAGACUUAGAGACUUCUAAAUAUAUCUUGGAUAUUAUAGGUGAUAAGUUCUGUCAGUUAGUAACAUCAGAGAAAACAGCUUUGUCCUGGGUGAAAAAAGAUGCCAAAAUUGCCUGGAAAAGAGCAGUAAGAGGCGUCCGUGAGAUGUGUGAUGCAUGUGAAGCCACAUUGUUUAAUAUUCAUUGGGUCUGCCAAAAAUGUGGAUUUGUGGUCUGCUUAGAUUGUUAUAAAGCAAAGGAAAGGAAGAGUUCAAGAGAUAAAGAGCUCUAUGCUUGGAUGAAAUGUGUCAAGGGACAACCUCAUGAUCACAAACACUUGAUGCCAACUCAGAUCAUACCAGGCUCUGUUUUGACAGAUCUUCUAGAUGCGAUGCACCAUCUUAGAGAAAAAUUCGAUAUUCAAUCUCAUUGCCUUUGUACUAACAAACAAAAUGUACAAGUUGAGAAAAUUCCUGCGAUGAAUGGAGUGACUCAGGUUUUGCAGAAUGUUCUUGAUGACGGUGAUACAAUUUCUCUGUGCAUGCCUGAGUCUCAGCAGCAGAAUUCCCCUCAAAAGUCUGAGACUGAUGGUAAUACCAGCCCCAGAAGUGACGUAAGCACAGACAGCAAGUUAACUCCUCCAGAAUCCCAAUCCCCGCUACACUGGUUAGCAGAUCUUGCUGAACAAAAAGCCAGAGAAGAAAAGAAAGAAAUCAAGGAAUGUGCCCUUGGAGAAACUGUGAAAGAAGAAAGAGACCAAGAUAUCUCUGAUUCGCCAGACUGCAAAACCUCCCCUGCUGUGUCCCAGAACAGUGAACAAGGAUCCACCUUACGGGACUUGCUGACCACAACAGCAGGCAAGCUGCGUGUUGGCUCCACGGAUGCAGGCAUCGCCUUCGCGCCAGUGUAUUCUACAGGAGCCCCAAGUGACAAAAGUGGAAGGACUGUGCCAAACAUUCUUGAUGACAUCAUUGCUUCAGUUGUUGAAAACAAGAUUCCACCAAAUAAAACCUCCAAGAUAGAAGAAGAAGAAGAAGAAGAAGAAGGAGAAGGGGAAGAAGAAAGAGGAGAAGAAGAAGGAGAAAGAGAGGGAGAAGGAGAAGGAGAAGGAGGUCCCGAAGACAGCCUCCCAACUGCCCUGGACGAGAGUGAUCAGUUGUCCGAGGAUGUGCCACACUCAUGGAUGUGUGAGAAGCACGUCUUGUGGCUUCAUGAUCACAUGAAUCAUGAUAAUUGGAAGCUUUUCAAACAAUGCUGGAAACAAGGACAGCCUGUGGUGGUUUCUGGUGUACACAAGAGAAUGAAUAUCAGCUUGUGGAAAGCAGAAUCAAUUAGUCUUGAUUUUGGAGACCACCAGGCAGAUCUCCUGAAUUGCAAAGACAGCAUUAUUUCAAAUGCCAACGUUAAGGAAUUCUGGGAUGGUUUUGAAGACAUUUCAAAACGGCAAAAGGUAAAAAGUGGAGAAACAGUUGUUUUAAAAUUGAAAGACUGCCCUUCGGGAGAAGACUUCAAAACUUUGAUGCCAGCAAGAUAUGAAGAUCUGUUUAAAAGCCUGCCGUUACCAGAAUAUUGUGAUCCUGAAGGAAAAUUCAAUCUGGCCUCCCAUUUGCCAGGAUUUUUUGUUCGUCCAGACCUAGGCCCCAGAUUGUGUAGUGCAUAUGGUGUAGCUGCUGCUAAAGAUCAUGAUAUUGGAACAACAAAUCUCCACAUUGAAGUUUCUGAUGUUGUGAACAUUCUAGUCUAUGUUGGCGUAGCAAAAGGAAAUGGAGUGCUCUCAAAAUCAGGCGUACUAAAGAAAUUUGAGGAAGAAGACCUCGAUGACCUUUUAAGGAGAAGACUGAAAGACUCAACUGAAACCCCUGGUGCUCUGUGGCACAUCUACGCAGGCAAAGAUGCCGACAAGAUAAGGGAGUUUCUCCAGAAGAUUGCCAGAGAACAAGGCCUGGAAGUCCUCCCAGAGCAUGACCCCAUCCGCGACCAGAGCUGGUACGUGAACAAAAAGCUCCGCCAAAGGCUGCUGGACGAGUAUGGCGUGAAAACAUGCACUGUUGUCCAGUUCCUGGGUGAUGCAAUUAUCUUGCCGGCAGGUGCACUGCAUCAGGUGCAGAAUUUUCACAGCUGCAUUCAGGUGACUGAAGACUUUGUGUCUCCAGAACAUCUUGUACAGUCAUUUCACUUAACGCAGGAACUGAGGCUGCUGAAGGAGGAAAUCAACUAUGAUGACAAACUGCAGGUCAAAAAUAUCUUAUACCAUGCAGUUAAAGAAGUGGUGAGAGCUUUGAAGAUGCGCGAAGAGGAAAUGGAUGACAUGGACGAAAGUUAAGUGCUCCUGGAUUGGAUCAGGGCUCUGCGGCCCUCAGAUGAAGACCAGCGGGCACCCCCGUGGAAGCAUCACCCGACCAUUAGUGCCGAGAAAUUGUGUCCCAGUGUUUGCUUGCUCCUGGCACCACCGCAGUGUGGGUUCAUCCGUCAUGGCUCCUGUGAUUUCAUACUGUGUUAGUUAUAAAAAUAAAUGCAGUUGUCCGCUGCCGUCUCUGUAUUAUAGUGUAUAUGGAGUUUGUGAAAAUGUCAGAUUUAAAAUGAUGUAUUUAUUUUUGGAAAAAAGAAUACCAAAUUCUAUGCUAUAUUGUUGAUCAGAUGUAAAUGUGAUCCUGUACAGUUUGCUAAAAUACUGAUAUUUUUCACUACAUUGAGACAGUUACUGUGAGAGUAGUACACAACACCAGCUAUCGCCUGCGUUGGGGAAAUGCUGAAUCGCACAGCAGUCAUUGUCAUCAUCUGAAACUUACUGCCAAAUACAUGUGUAAAGUUUGUAAAAAACAAAGUAUAUAAAGUAGAUAUUAAGUACAGACACUUCAAUACUUUAUUGAAGCUCUUCAGUGUACAAUUAAACAUUUUCGAAAGGUGUAAUUUAUUUAAAAUUGUCUCAUUUUGGUAAAAUUUAUGUGGAACUUUUAAAGCUUAAUAUUAAACUUAAUAUGCUAUGUAAAUAUAUACAUAUAUACAUUCAAUGAUGUAUUUUUUUAAAACAUUGGCUUGCUUUAUUUGUUAAAGUGCAAGUGUUACACAUGGCUUUGUACAUUGACGUUGAAAGGGGUUUUACAUUUUCCAUUAAAAUGACUUUAUCAGAUAUUGGCUUGCUGUCUGUUUCUCCAGGUUGUGCACUGGAUGGUGGUGAUGGAAAGCAUUUUCUGGAAACUGUGAUGUUUUUCAUUUUCAUGCUUUUGUCUUCUCUGGUUUUCUUGUGAAACUUCAAUCUUGGAAAUAGACUCAUUGCCCGUUUGUGUAGUACUACAUGAUGAAGAAUAUGGUUCAUUUUGGCGUCUUGUUUUUGUUUAUUCUAUGGGGCAACUUUAAUUGGCAAGGGAUUCACUUCUAAAUUACCAAAACUUUGAUAUAUGAGAAUAAAUUAAAAUAGAAUUUUAAA